AUGUUCUCCAAGCUCUUCACCAUCACUGUCCUGGCCUCGGCCGCCAGUGCCCACAUGAAAAUGUCCAACCCCGUUCCCUACGGCGGUUCAACUCUGUCCAACGCUCCUCUUUUUGCGGACGGCUCCGAUUUCCCCUGCAAACAGCGAACUGGUGUCUACGACCUCCAGGGUGCCAGCAACGUGUAUGCUCAGGGCAGCACUCAGAAGCUCUCCUUCGUUGGAAGUGCUGUUCACGGCGGCGGUUCUUGCCAGGUUUCUGUGACUACCGACGCCCAGCCCGACAAGAACUCUGUAUGGAGAGUUAUCAAGUCCAUCGAGGGUGGCUGCCCUGCACAGGACCAGACCGGCAACAUGGGUGACGACGCUAACGCCAUCGACCCGUACACAUAUGACUUCACCAUCCCCAAGGAGCUGGCGACUGGUAACUACACUCUUGCCUGGACUUGGUUCAACAAGAUUGGCAACCGUGAGAUGUACAUGAACUGUGCUCCCUUGUCUGUCACCGGCUCGGGUGGCUCCAAGGAUUUCCUGAACACGCUUCCCGAAAUGUUCCAGGCCAAUAUUUUCGGCGGCGGCGACUCCUGCCAAACCGCGGACAGUACUGACCUUGAGUUCCCUGACCCUGGAUCGGACGUUGUCAAGUUGAAUGGAGCAACAAGCGUAUUUGCUGGUCCCAAAAACACCCAGAACUGCAAAUUUGGUAUGGGUGGCAGCGGUGGAAACGCCCCGGCUCCCACUCCCACCGGUGGUGCUCAGACUUCUGCUGCUCCUGCUCAGCCCACCAAGGCUCCUCAGAGCAUCCCCGGCGGUGUCUUCAUCACCAGCCCUAUCGGCGGUGGACAGCCUCCCGCUGCCACCCAGCCUGCCGCCCCUCCUGCCGCUUCUCAGGUUGCCUCUCAGCCCGCAUCCCAGCCUGCCCCCUCCAAGCCCACCUCUGCUCCUCUGGUGAACUUGCCAGUUCAGUCCCAAGCUCCAGUUGCUACUUCUGCUACUCCCGCUCCCGCUCCCGCCCCUACCUCCGGCUCCGGCUCCGGCUCCGGCUCGGGUUCGGGUUCGGGCUCCGGCUCUAGCCCCAGCGGUGGUUUCGCGGCUGGCACGGCUUGCUCUUCCGAGGGCCAGUGGAACUGCAUUGGAGGAUCCCAGUUCCAGCGUUGCGCCAGCGGAGCUUGGUCUCCCGCUCAGGCUCUCGCUUCUGGCACUUCAUGCCAAGCUGGACAAUCUGCCAACCUUAACAUGGUUGCCAAGCGUGGCGGCAACUCCAUGCGCCGCGCCACUCGCAUUCGUGCUUAA